GGGACAACAUGUGGGGUUUGGUUUGAUAAAAUAAAUUGUCUUUGGCUUUUACUUCAUCCUUCCCUUAUACUCUGUUAUGUGUGUGUAUCCACUUUCACAUUCACAUUUUAGUUUUAGUCUCAGCAAAACCCACAUAAGAUCCACCACCGGAGGCCAUGGCGGAUGGACCCAUCAUCCCCACCACCAGACCAAAAAGACCACGACCACCUUCCGGCCGUACCAACCUAGCCUCAUGUGUAGUAGCCACAAUCUUCUUGAUUUUCAUCAUCAUCGUCAUCCUCAUAGUAUACUACACAGUUUUCAAACCACAAGACCCCAAGAUCGCCGUCAACGCCGUCCAACUCCCCUCCUUCUCCGUCAUUAACGGCACCGUCAACUUCACCUUCUCUCAAUACGCCUCCGUUAGAAACCCUAACCGUGCUGCUUUCUCUCACUACGACAGCUCUCUGGAAAUCCUCUACUCCGGUAACCAAGUCGGGUUCAUGUUCAUUCCCGCCGGCCAGAUCGACGCCGGGAGAACACAGUACAUGGCUGCAACGUUCUCAGUUCAGUCUUUUCCUUUGUCGGCACCGCCAAAUAUGGGUCCCACUUUGGCGAAUGGUGACGGUGUUGGGUUUAACUUUGGGUUGAGAGUUCAACCAACGAUGGAGAUUGAGUCGAAGUUGGAAAUGGCGGGGCGUGUUAGGGUUUUGCAUUUCUUCACUCAUCGUGUUAAGGUUAGAACUGGUUGCAGAGUUGCCAUAGCUGUCAGUGAUGGUUCUGUCUUAGGGUUUCAUUGCUAAUUAGUCUUUUAGUGUUAAGUGGUUGGUAACUAGAUAUAAUAAUAUAUAUCAUCAUAGUAAUUAAUUGUCAGUGAUGUUUGAGCAAGGAAAGCAUGAAAAUCAAAAUUGUAAAAAUGGGUUUUCAAUAUUAAAAUUUUUGAAUGCAGAGUUUUGGCAUUGAUUGUUCUUCGGAAUCAGUCAGAGAUCAAAGAUGUUUGUAUAGAAACUUGUAAAUAUUGAACUUUAUUUUUUGA